AUGGGAGAACCUCAAGAAUUGCAGCUUACCAUAAUAGAGCCUGAUGAAGCCAAAGAGAAGAAUCUAAAAAGGGAUACAGAAUCUAACUCAGACAAGAAAACAAGUCCCGAUGGAGACACCGAUGAUGUCCCUAAUAAUGAAGCCACUGCCAGCACCACAAUCAGAAACCAAAAGAGACAUCAACGUUGGUUAAGGAUAGGCUUGUAUACUGUCUCUGUUUUACUGGGCCAAUCAACUGCAACACUCUUGGGAAGAUUGUACUACCAAGAAGGUGGACACAGCAAAUGGUUGGAAACACUUGCCAUUGUUGCGGGUUUCCCUGUGCUCCUCCCGUUUUAUUGUACUGCAUUUAAACUCCCCUCCGCAACAAAUACCAUUCACAAUCAUGAACAACCCCCUGUUUCAAAGCUUGCAUUUGUUUAUGUCUCCCUUGGCCUUCUUGUUGCAUUAGACAGCUACUUGUUCUCCGUUGGUCUCUCUUACCUUCCUGUUUCUACACUUGCUCUUAUUUCCUCCUCGCAAUUAGCCUUCAAUGCUUUCUUCUCCUUCUUCCUUAAUUCGCUCAAAUUCACACCUUACAUCAUAAACUCCUUAGUCCUUUUAACAAUCUCCUCCGUCCUCCUUGUCUUUCACAAUGAUUCUCCUUCAGCAUCCACACAAGUUUCAAAAAAGAAGUACGCGAUCGGGUUCAUAUGCACAGUUGCUGCUUCAGCUGGAUAUGGACUGGUGCUUUCUCUGACACAGCUUGCUUUCAGGAAGGUUUUGAAAAAGCAAAGUGUCAAGGUGAUUUUGGACUUGUUAGUGUACGAAUUAUUUGUGGCAACUUUGGCAAUACUGGUGGGGCUGUUUGCUAGUGGGGAAUUUAGAAGUUUGCAGGCAGAAAUGAAGGAGUACAGAACGGGGAAGGCAAGUUAUGUGCUGAAUCUGAGCUUCACUGCAAUAUCAUAUCAAGUUUUUAAUGUGGGAACUAUGGGUUUGAUUCUGGAGGUGUCAUCAGUGUUCUCAAAUGUGACAAGUGUUGUGGGUUUGCCAAUUGUACCUAUUUUGGCGUUAGCGUUCUUCCAUGACAAGAUGAACGCGUUGAAGGUGAUAUCCUUGAUACUUGCUCUUUGGGGCUUUUUAUCAUACACGUACCAGCAGUACUUGGAUUACACCAGUUCUCCUACCGAUGAGCACAGAAACAGCGAUGAAUUUCGCAGCAACCCAGUAUCAGAAGGGAUUAAUGGAACAUAUGGGCAAGUAGGGGUAGUUCAUUGA